GGAGGCAGACGACUGAAUGUAGAAGUUGGCAACUUUUUAAUUUCAUCUGAAAGGCAGGCAUGGCACGGACUUAUGUUAGAAUAUAAGCAAGGAUUCUGAGUAUAGUUGUGUAAGACAGAUGUAAGCAGUAUCUGACUCAACAAUUCCUUCAACCAUGCUGAUGUAUAAAGGAAUUAAUUACUUGGAGAAUGCUCUUAAUCAAAGACAGAAGUUUCUUCAGAAAUGUGUUGUGUCAGUACCACACCAUCUAGAACAUGUGGACAUGUACAGACAUUCAGGCAAGCUACCCGACACCAGCUUCAGAGAGCCAUGGAAAAGAGCAACAGCAGACCGAGAGCUGCUAAAGAAUGAAGGAACCAGACUUGAGACAGAAUUGAAUUGUUUAUCUGAAUUAGUAUCCGAACAGAUUAAGGAAAUUGAGUCUCUUGGAAGAGAUUCGUUCGACUGUGUUGAACAUGGAGUAUUUGACCUUGGGGAGUGUAUUCCUAGUUCCAAUCCUUCAUCACAAGAAGAUUUACAAGAAGUUUUUCAACUGGAGGAAAAAAAUUCACUCAAUCUAAAGGAAAUAUUUUCAAAAGAGAAUAUUCAAUAUUGGCUGUCUGCCUGUUCUAGUGAUUCAUUCAAACUAGAAGAAGUGUUUAUGUCAGAUCCUCUCCCAGACUUAAGUAGAAAUUUGCCAAGUCUGAAUGCAAUGUGUGGCCGUCUGCAUCCUAAUCAAGUCUCUGAUCCGCUGAAUAGCAGAGGCUCGGGAUUACUGGCUCUGAAAGACAGGAUUGCACAAAAUGAAAUUUUCGUUCAGGAAGACCAUUGUGACUUAGUAAGAUGUGAAGCUUCCUCAGAAGAGUGGCAGAAGUUUGAACUCAAUGGAGCAGAUGGUGAGCUGGAAGAAUGUGUGUUUCCUUUUGAAAAAGAAAAGGGCAAAAAGGAAGCAAUUAUCAACAGUACGAAGAUUGCCAUAGAAUUAGGCACCUCUCGCCCAUUGGAGGUGAAAAGUCCUGCUUCAGAUAUGUUUGACAGAUUGACAAAGAGAGAUGUUCGUAAUAAGUACAGAACUGGAGUGGAAGAAGUAAACACUGAACAGUCAUUCAAAUUUUCACAAUCAUUUUUAGAAAUUAAUGAAAUUGGUUAUGAUGACGAUUUAAACAUUAAAAAAGCUCUUCUGGAUUCUCCCAUGGUUAGACCAUGUGUGGAAAGACAGCCAAACUAUGACCUAAAACAUUCCUUAGCCCAGCUGUGUUCACACCCCCUUACAGAGGGAAAUAAUAGAUUACUUGCACUGGCACAAAAAGAAAAUAUUAUUUGGAAAAUUUGGCAGCAUGAAAAAUAUUUGGAUGAUGUUUUGUCUUUGAGACUUCCAGAAUUUGAAAGGAAGCCAACAUUUAACAUUGACAUUGGUCCACAUAAGGCAAAGGAAAUGCUGAAUUUAAAAGCUGAUGAGGAUCUAGGCAAAAUUGAGCUGUCUCUUUGUUGGGAUGCAGUGUCAUUGACAGCUGCGAAGAAUAAGGGAUGUCAGGUGGAAAAACUGAAAGAAGCAGACAGUUACAAGUGCCCAUUAACAGUGAUGUUUUCAGUUGAACAGUUCAAAAAAGACACCUCUACUACUUCAUUAGAGGAUCCAGUUCUGGAAAUUUCAACAUCACCUGAGUCAAGUGAAGAUAUGAAAGAAAGCAAAACGAAAGAUGAAAAAGCUAUUAAGGUAUGGAAGCCACCAGUCCGAUCUUGUGCACCCCUCCGACUUGAAGGACUUAAAAAGGCUGGUUUUGAUCCACUGAAUGACUUUCUGUUACUGCGGAGUGUCCAAAGUGUUUCUAUGGAGAGCCAUGGCACCAGUAAGGCAUUGGCCAGGACCAAUACCAGGUCACAGGUGCCCAAAGCAGAUCAAAAUUUUCCUGUUAUGAUAAAGACAAACGACAGUCCCCAAAUGUCACCUUCAGAUCUUGACAUUCAGAAUAUUGGUGUCAUAAAACCCAAUAAGAGACAGAAAACUUGGGAUCACCGAGUGGUUUAUGUGACCUUACAAGGGGAAUUUGCUGCUGUUUUGGAGAUCAUUGAGGACCAAGCAUACUAUUACAUGGCCGCUUUACAAGGAAGUGAUGGCAUACACCUCCCAAACAACUUCUCAGACAUAACACCAGACAAUACAAGGUUUCUGGUGAAACAGAAAGAGAAGAGUCUUCAAGAUAACAAAGAAGAUGGUACUGCAUGUGAUCUAUAUAAGGCUACUGUAGCUUUACAUAUUCUCUGUGGCGCAAGAGACAUCCUUAUCAACUGUUGCUUUGAAUCUGUCCUGGCUCACUUCAAGUCCAUGCAGGAAAAAUACCAAUCAGUAUUAAAAAAUUGCUUUGACGACAUGAGGAAACAACUUUUUCAACUUAAAUGCAAUUUCAACCAGAGAAGAAUUUUUCAUCCAAAGCUGGUUUCAUUAUAUAGACAUAUUGAUCUAAGGCUGCAGAAGUCAACCCAAGAGAGAGAUGGAACAAAAGAAAAGAUUUUGAUUGUGACUGGCCAAGACCGUACAACUUUGAAGUGUUGCCUUAGAGACUUUGUCCGAGGUGGAUCAGCUAUGAAGGCAGAUCUUCUCACAGAUUUGUCAGGGGAAUUGUCCAAAAGACUUGAGUUGGUGACAUGCCUGAUAUCACACAGAAGUGAACUUUUUGAUGAGUUUCCUUGGUCCCAGUUCACUGCUGUGAUGGACUACAAUGAUUCUGGAGAGGACACUAAAUUGCAGGACUUGUGUAAAGCACAUGGCCUACCUCUCAUUUCCUUUAAUGUUAAAAGCAAACAUGUCUCAGCGGGCAUAAAGACAGGUUCAACCACUGAGGAUAUAAGUUUGGUACCCAAAAACAAGGAAACUGUUGCAACACUGACUAUCAUUGGGUCAAGGUAUCUCACAUCCAGACCAGAAUUGCUGCAGCUGCUGGAAACAAGACACAAUUUAAUGAUUCUGGAGCGUGACUAUGACCAGAUCAGGAGUAUUGAUGAGAUGUACUUCGCAGAUUUGGUGAUAGAUGAGAAAACUUGUGUGGUUGUCCAGUCCGUACAGGACAUGGCUGAAGUCUGGCAGUAUGAACUCCUCCAUUCCAAGAUAAUCACACUGAGUCUCAAGUUCACCACCUGCUGGAUAAUUUUCUAUAGCAGUCAGAAAAUAAGCAAAAAACACAGUCCCUGUAUAGAGAACAUCUCCCGAUUUCAAGCAGCUGUUGGGAAUCUUACUAGAAAACAGGACUUUGUUGUAAAAACAUUCAUCAGUGAUAAUGCCAAUGAGACUGCAAUGUUUGUGAGACAAGUCUGUGAUACCAGUGAAAAAAUGUCUGCUGUCUGGAAAGAUGGGAGUUGGGGACAGAGAAUGUGGUUAGCAGAGGAAUGCAGCGAGGAGGAGAAAACAUUGCUGUCUUUUCCAUGUUUUAACUCCUUUAGUGCUCAAUUUGUCCUGCAGAAAAUGUCUGUAUCCGAACUCCUUGCUAGUUCUUUCAGUGAGCUAGUUGUGCUGUUUCCAUGGAUGCCACAAAAAUUCCUCAAGUCAUUUCUAGAGAUGGUUCAUAGUGAAAGGAGGGUGAAUCUCUUAAGCAAAGAAGAAUCUCAUGAUUCCUGUCAGAAGACAGAUCCGGUUGAAGACCCGUCAUCAACAUUGGAAGAUUAUGAAACAUCUACCUUCCAACAGAACCAAUCCUGGCUAAGUCAGACUUCUGAGAACACUUUCAAAUCUGAACCAUUUGCGAUGGACAAGCAUAAGAUUCUGAAGAAAAAUUUAAGAAAUCCUCAUUGUCAAUAUAAACAUUUUAUUGAUUCAAAGCAUCAAGAAGUACUAGACUUAGCUGUAAAUAAAUCUAUAGAUCUGCAUAGUGCGAACAGUCCUGGUGAAGUAUCGGAUAGACUGGACGAAGCUCAGUUUGGAAUGGAUACCCAGGACAGUGAGGAUAUUUUGUCUCUCAAUGGAUCUCAGCCAUCUGUGAAGUUGAAUGAAUUCCAAAGGGCUGAAAUAGAAGGACGAAAUGCAAUUGCCUAUACAAACCGUCCAGGAAUCAAGGAAGAGAGUAUGGCUGGUUACACAAAUCUGCAAGGUACAUGGAACACUAACAGAGAAAUUCAACAGGAUGAAAUCAGAGAAGAGAGCAUGGAUGGUCACAGAAAUCCUGAAGAAAACACAGAGAGCAGUCACCAAGAAAUUCCUCAGAACGUAAGGCGGUUAUAUUCAGAAUUUUCUUUACAAGGAUUCCAGAAGAGAGAUGAUCAGAAAAAUAUGAAACUGACCACAACAGGGGUGGCUCCUGCAGUUGCAGAAGAUGCUUUCGAACAAGCCGUCAAUUUAGAGGUUGCUAGACGUUUGAAAGUACAACAAGGACAACACUUUAACACAUUCAGAAAGCCUUCAGUUUGUCUUGGCGAAAAUGCUUCGGAUGGUGAUGUUAGGAACAAUUCAUUAUAUGAUGAUCACAAGACAUAUGAUGGCCAAGAUAGAAACCCUAUUAAGUUGCAAAGCCAACAUGGUGCAAGAAAACAAAUACCUUCUGCAAACUUUUCAACAAUGAAUUACCAUUCUCAACUGGAAGAUUCAAGAGUGAAUGAAAAAGAGAAUUUACUUCAGGGAACUUACUGUCCAGUAUCAGAGUUGGAUACUCCAGUAUCAGAGUUAGACUUUCAAUUGAAUUGCCCAAUGAUAUCGACACAAAGAAAACAGUACAUGGAUGAAUCGAGAGAAGAAGAAAAGCAAUACCUACAUCCUCGUGAGAUACAGGAUACUCCUUGUGGGGACCAAACAAUGACCAACAACAUGUAUGGGCAGAUAUGGAGAGAAAGUAAUUUGGGCAGCAGACUUGGUCUCCAGGAAAAUGGAGCUGGUUAUAAGAAACAAGUGAGAAGACCUUCACAAGGUCAAAGGUCAUUUGCAGGUGACUUAACUCUUGUAACACAGAAUAUUCUUCAGAAGGCUACAAGUUGUGAGCUUCCUAUAAAAACUUCUAUGUCAUGGCCACCUCACCGUAGAGUCAGCAUCGGGUUGGCACCACCUCGACCAAGAGAAGAUAGUACAAUAAAAGAUCAUGUCCAUGAGAAAGACCAGUCACAUAUACCGGUACAAACUUAUCCUGACACAACUCUUAAGAACACUCUACAGAGAAGCCAUCUCCAGUCCAGUUAUGAUGGACAAAUGAAAGGGAGAAGUGGAAAUUACAGUCAGGAAUCAUACGGAACUCCCCAGUGGAAUGGACAUUCAUCACUCUGGUCAUCCUAUGAUUCUCCACCGAUGGACCUGGACAAAUCUCCUGAUAAGCUCGGUUGGAUGAAGUGCAGUGGAGCUAUAAUUGCUACCUGUAACAACGGCAUGUGUAUGGCCUGUAGACAGCUAGGUUAA